AUGGCCACAGAAGGAUACAACUCCGCGGACUUAACGUCUGUGUUGAGGACACUAUCAGCAUUAUCAAACAAUCAGAGCCAUCAUCGGACUUCUGCCUCUGUACACCAGAGCUCUUAUCCUGGCACUCCCCCUGCCGUCGAAGACGAGGAUGACGACCCAUAUGAGCCAGCAGAAGCUUCGUCGUCGUUGCCCGUAGCUCAGGUACCUCCAGCUCGUCCCCAGCAAACACCGACUGGGUCCGGAGCUCCGACAGCCCAGGCAGGAGCCCAUCCCAGCUCAACAGCUGGUGAUUCUUCUACGAUCACCACAUGGCCCGCCGCACUGCGCCAUGUGAUGAGGGCAGUGUCGCAGAACGAGGAAUCCCAACGGCGGAUACGACGCUUGAUUCAAAGCCAGCAUGACCACGAAAGGCAGUGGUGGCAGGGCCGGGAAGCGCUGUUGACGAAACAGAAAGCUCGAAUUGAGAAGAAGAAGGAGCUGGAUGCGGUCUUGCGUUCUGUUGGUGCUCCCGUCGAUACGAAACAAGUUUCUACCGUCGAGGAAGACCAAGCGGAAUUGGGGAACUACGAUGCAAAAGUCUACAAGGCUUCUAGGCAAAUGGCAGAAGCAAUGACAUCCGAGCUUCGCGCACUGAGAAUCCCCUUUUUCACUCUACGUGAAAACCUCAUCUCCGAAGUUUCGAAGCACCCGCGAGACGAUGCUUCUGCGUCUCAUUCGCCUCAUGGAUCUGGCAGCACGAAAGGUGAUCCUCUCACCAGAGAGGAAGUGUCUGUUCUGCAGCGUCGUAUGCUGGAGCUGCUGCAGGAUCUUUGCAGAGAAUAA